CACCAUGGAAAACCUGGAAGCACUGAACGGCCGUUCCGUCCUAUCGUGGGGCUCCUCAGCAGUGCGCACACAUGACCCCGGCCCCGCGAGUUUCCAACCCAGGACCUAUUGGUUUCGCGUUCGAGCACUUAACCGGCAUCCAACAGUGUUAAUGUCUAACUUCAACUACUCCACGAAAUUGAGCGACACAUCCACCGUUAUCUUUAGUGAGUUACUAUCUCACAACAUAUCUGGUCGAACUCCACCAUUGAAAAUACUAUAAUAUCCACAAAACACAUCUGAUAUUAUAUUUAUAUCUUUGAACAUGUUUUUAAAAAAAUGGUAUCAUAUUAUUCCUAUUAUUAGAUACACUGACGCAAAAUGCUUCCUGAUGUCUCCAAUAGUUCAUGGAAGUACAAAUCAAGAAGUAAAAUUACAAAUAUAUAUAACAUCAGUAAUAGUUCUAUUAUACCAUAUUAUACGAAACAGGUUUUCAUAUUUCUCUCAAUUGAGAUAGCUGUUCCUCUGUUGAUUAUAAUGAUCUUAUCAAUCCUAUUCAUAGCUGGAUAUCUAUGGAAUUCAUGGACAGUUUUUCUUUGGGUAUUGGCUUGGUCUGCUUUUGCAUUAGCAAUGUUGAUUAUAUUCUAUCGAAAAAUUAGAGAUGAACAUCCAUUGAAUAUUUAUCUUCUGGUUAUUUACGUAAGAACUGUCAAUUUUUGUAUUUACUUUACCAGUUGUUGAACUUUUUGAAUACAUGAAAAUUUGUUAUUGAUUGAAAUCAUGAGGGAAUUCUCGGAGUUCUAGUGAGAUAGCCGUGACCAGUGGAGCUAAUCCGUGUUAGGUAG